CCCCGGGCGGGCGGUGUCUCCGCGGCCCCUGCGGCGCCUUUAAGCUGCCGCGCGUGAUGUCACAGCGCUUGGAAGCCGCGGGCGCGGAACGCCGAGCGCUCGGAGCCCGCACGGCCGCGGGAGCGCCGCCCGCGGGGACCCCAGCCCGGCAGGGACCCCCAGCCUGGCAGGGACCCCAGCCCGGCGGUGACCCCAGCCCGGCGGUGACCCCAGCCCGGCAGGGACCCCAGCCCGGCGGGGACCCCCAGCCCGGCGGGGAUCCCAGCCCGGCAGGGACCCCAGCCCGCAGCAUGGGGAGCGUCCAGGUGCAGGAGUUCGUGGCGGGCUUGGUGGGCGGAGUUGCCAGUGUGGUUGUGGGCCAUCCCCUGGACACGGUCAAGACUCGUUUGCAAGCUGGACAAGGAUAUGGAAAUACACUCAAGUGUAUUCUCACUGUGUACAGAAAUGAAUCUCUGGCAGGCUUCUUCAAGGGCAUGUCCUUCCCGCUGGCCAGCAUCGGCAUCUACAGCUCGGUGGUGUUCGGCGUCUUCAGCAACACGCAGCGCCUGCUGAGCCAGCUGCGCCACGGCGACCCGUGCGCCGCGCCCGCGCUCGCCGACAUGGCCCUGGCCAGCGUCGUGGCUGGGGCCAUCUCCGUGGGCAUUGGCACCCCCGUGGAACUGGUCAAGAUAAGGCUACAGAUGCAAACACAGCCCAGCACCAAAGCAAACGUUAAACUAAAUUCCACAGUUUCUAGAUCUCCUGUGUACCGAGGCUCAAUUCACUGCUUUAGGACAAUCCUACAGAAAGAGGGGAUAGCAGGAGUGUACCGAGGCAACGUAGCAAUGCUGCUGAGGGAUGUUCCCGGGUACUGCGCCUACUUCAUCCCGUACACAUGGUUCUGUGACUGGAUAACUCCUGAGGGAAGCAUUUCUCCUAACGCCUUCUCUAUCUGGAUGGCAGGGGGUGUAGCAGGAGCUGUUUCCUGGGCAGUAUGUACUCCAAUGGAUGUUGUGAAAAGUCGACUUCAGGCAGAUGGAGUUUAUUUAAACCAGUACAAAGGGGUCCUUGACUGCAUGUUGCAGAGCUACAAGAACGAGGGCUUAAAAGGUUGCCAGGAAGACCAGAAAGUCUUGUCCUUUCCUGAGCCAGACCAGCAGUGCAGUGUUGGUGAGGGCUCAGCUGCUCUGACCGAAGACUCCCGUCCUGCACCUGCAGCAGCAGCUGUGGACACGUGGUCAACAGAGGACUCUGAAAAUCGCACCAGCUCCAUCAAAUCCAGGGACUAUUUUAUUAUCAAAUCUUCCACUAUUGGCUAAGAACACCUUAAUGAUUCUGGUGGUGGUGGUGGGCUUCUUCACCAGUGACAUUUUUGCUAUUGAACCAGGAAGACAACUUACUUCCCUUUCCCAAGGGAUGUACCCAAACACAGCCCACCUCGAAUCACCAAGGGAGUGUCUUUUGUACAACAUGGUGUUAAAUCACUCAUAUUCUUUGGUGAACAAGGGAAGGAGGAAAUGCAGUGGGUAAACAGGUGCUUUUUCUGUAGGAAAGUCUGGAUUCCCACCAAAUCCUAGCUCGCUUUCAGGUUCAAAGAAGUGGAUGACUCCUCCCAUACAAACACUUGUGUUCUACAACACGGUUUGGCAAAUUUAACACAUUAUCAUGAAAAAUCUAAAGGCUUCAACAACUUCAGUCUGUUAUCAAAAGUAUAAAUUAGAUUGGGAAACAGGAGGAUGUUAAAUUCAGAGACUAAGCUGCUUUUUUUAUACAGAAAUCAAUAAAACAAACCUGCAUUUCAUAUAGAAGGCUGCCUGCUAAUUUACACACCUUGCCUGGUGCAGCCCUCCAGGGACUGGCUUGAGGUAUCUCAUUAGAGCUUCUGAGCUCCCUGACAUGACUUGCCAGCUGCCAAAACCUGCAGAUAGCACUUUGUAGCCAUGAGCAGACCAUCACCAAAGGCAGUCUCUUUAGGAUACAGUACACUUCAGACCUCUAUCUCUUUGCUGGAAUCCCACUGAGACCACUGGGGCAGGUCCAGUCUCUCUUUGGUCUACCUCAGCCUCUUAAUUAUUCCAAGAUCUUUUACAUCAUGAUUAUUUCUCCUUAUGCUGUUAAAUAUCCUUAUGAUCUAUAUUCUAACCAUGGAGCUUUUGAAGCCAAAGCCCAAGAAGGACCAGCUUUGCUGUGACAAGAGGACUCUGGUGGCACUGGCAGGAGAGGCCAAGAGGGCUCACAUGCAGAUGGACACAUGACAAGGGGCCAUAAUCUAGGACAACACUUCAUCUGGGCAAUGUUCUAGAGGAACAUUUCUGGAGAAGAGCUCUGGGGGAAAAGCCCAGUGAUUGCAGUUUCAGCAGAUGCCUUCAAAAAAGGGUUUCUGAAGACAAUGUGGAUUAGCUGUCCAGCUUUCCUCUGCAAAAUGAGGAGAAGAGAAACUCCUAUGUCCUCUUCCCUGGAGGAAGGGGGGAAUUGGUCACAACACUUGAAGAUCUCAGCAGAAAGUGCCUAGAACUUUGGGUCUGGAGCAGUACUUGGAAAUGGGGCCACCUUCUUUGGGGUCCUCAUCACUGGGGCCCAGAUUAAAAACAGAAGUGUGGGUGGCUCCCAGAACUGGCAUUAAAAUGGGGAAGAAACAGCUGGUGUUGCUUUAUCUCAGGACUUCACUGUGAGAAGGCUCACAGUGCCUUUGACCUUUAGGAUACAUGGAACUAUUUUUGAUAAACAAUAUGGAAAAAAUUGAUGAGCCUUCACACAAGUAUUUGUUGCUGGCUGCAUUUAAGGAUUCAUCCUUUCCAUGUUGCCUAUUUUAAUGCAUGUAUGUAAAACAUGUUUUUUAAAUUGAUAAUACCAUGUGUCUCCAGGGAUAAUACUUGAGCAGACUUGUUUCUUAAAUGCAAAUAAAUGGUGUGUUCAUGUGCCUGCAUAAUGUAAAAUGGACCAUGAAGGAAUCAAACUGAUGA